UCCAAAACAUUGGAAAAAUGAACCCACUCAAACUUGUUUUUGUGGUUGCGUGUGUCGCAUUGGCGCAUUGCGAGUCGUCUGAGAAGAAGAUCGAAAAACGAGGCCUGCUAUAUGGACAUGACGAUCUCGCCAGUGUGGGCACGUACGGUUCCGGCGUCGGGUUGAGUACCGCAGUACUGGGUACAGGUGCCGGAUUAGGAGGAGGACUCGUUUACGCUGACGGAGUUGGAUACGGAAGUGGUGGAUUGGCUGGUCUCGGUCUCGCCGCAGUUGGAGGUGUUGGAGGAGUUGGAGGUCUCGGCGUUUUGGGCUACGGAGCCGGAUUUGGAGGUCUCGGCGCAGGACUCGGCUACGGAGCGGUCGCUGCACCUCUUCUCUCGAGACACUUGACCGUCACCCACAGAGUCGCCGUGCCGGUUCCUCAACCUUACCCCGUUCCAGUCGUUAGGAACGUCGCCGUACCGGUACCUCACCCUGUUAGCGUACCCGUCGAAAGGCCAUUCCCAGUCCCAGUACCUCACCCCGUGCCCGUUCCAGUCGACAGGCCCUACCCCGUCAGAGUUGAACGCCCGGUUGCAGUUCCGGUCCACCAUACCGUUCCCGUUCCCGUUCCUAGGCCGGUGGCCGUUCCGGUCCCCAGGCCCGUCCCGGUUCCGUUCGUGAGGACAGUCCCAGUUCCGGUGCCUCAUCCCGUUGCCGUGGCCGCACCCGUAGCAGUAGCCGCACCCGUAGCAGUAGCCGCACCAGUAGCUGUAGCCGGACCCGUAGCAGUAGCAGGACCCGGAGCAGUAGCCGGACCGGUUCCCGUCAAUUUCGCUGUGCCUGUCGCCUUCGGCGGUGGUUAUGGUAGUGCUGUUGGUGCUUUCGGCGGAUACUUUGGAGGUGGACUCGCCGGACACUCUGGCGUAGCCGUCAAGAAAUUCCACCAUUAAGUGGCCAGAUCUCAUCCAUUUUUUAAUCUUAAAUCUCAUUUGUAAAUAACCAUGUUUUGUACUCAAU